AUGCAAGAAGUCCCGUGUAUCCACCGUUCAGUUUCCACGAUUGUGAAACGUUCAAGUUUCUCUACGGUUGAAAAUAAUCCCAAAGAUGAAGUGUCACGAUCGCUUCGCCGGUUGUCAUCGUUGCCAGCUGAUUUCUGUUGUUCGAUAUGUAUGAAUAUCUUCAGUAAACCGUCCAUGUUGAGUUGCGGUCAUUCAUUUUGCUCAAAAUGUAUUCAAUAUUGGCUGAGCGAGAAUUUCUCUUGUCCCACUUGUCGUACAGACACUCACACACCAAUAAGGAAUAUUGCUCUUGAACAGGUGGUCGAGGAAUUCAAAAUAAGUCAAGGAUGUCGGAUGAUUCGCUGUUCGAGACCUACCAACAUUCGCAAUGAAAAUGGACACGCAUCGCUGUUUCGUCGACAAAUGCUGAGGGCAAGUCGUCGACGAGCUCGAUUUUCUGUUACCGGUCCUGAAAUAAUCGUUGAUGGACCUGGUUCCUCGCUAGAAGCGCUACCUACCACUAGUCGAGAAAAUAGCUACAGAUCUUUGAGCUCAUUGCCUCAAGUUGAUAAUUCCGCAUCGCGCGACGAUAGAAUGGAUCCGACUGUUGCAAUUCGUCGACGUUCUAGUAGAAACAGCCAUGACAGCUGGUCUGGACGUAUGGGACAACUAUAUUCUGUACAUGACUCGGAGAACCAUGAUACGGCGUCAACAACGGGUUUUAAGCGAACAUCUUUUCUCAGAAGAAGUAUUUGCGCCAUACGCAAGUCUGUGCGUCGGCGUCCGCAGAAACGGGAUAUCGCUUCGAGAAGUUUGACGGCGAUGGAUAAUCCCGGCUUCGUUGAAGAUGAACCGGAACCAUCUAUUACUGUCGAACCAACAGUGACCGCUGUACCCAUUGAAGAGGUUGCGAAGACGAAGAAAUCAAAAUGGAAGCGUCUGUUUCCUUUUCGGAUAAAAAAAGUUCAUCCAUCUCGCGAACAUGGGCGGAAUGAAGUUUCAUCAUACGGACCACUUUGCGUAUACUCCGGCUUUGGUCGGACAUUUGAACGUAUUAAUUCAGGCGAAGAAAUAGCAAUUGCCGUGUUUGGAAGAAGAGGGGUUGGAAAGACCUCUUUUCUCGACAAUGCCACUCUCUCCUGUGAAGGACGACACGGCAUCGCUCCAAUGGGGUUGACGGAACGAAUGCGAUUAGGAGGAAAGCAGAACCACAAUGAGUAUAGAUUUGCGCAUAUGACAAGUGUAACAGUUCAAGCUCGCCAUCAGCGCUUUGUCAUUGAUCUCAUCGAUGCUGAAUUUGAAGAUGAUCACUCUAUUGCUCAUACAUCUUACAUGCGUGCAGCUGACGCUGCUAUACUGCUUUAUUCUACGACAGAUUCUGCCAGUCUACUUAUGGCUAUGUCCAUACAUCGACAGUUGGUUGCAGUUAGCGAACAGCGGAAACCCUGUGUCCUUUUCGCAAAUGUGAUUGAGGAUGCAGCACAAAGAUAUGUGACCCGUGAGAUGGGAGAAAGGACAGCUCGCAAUAUUCGUGCCAUGUAUAUCGAGGCCAAUCUUUUGGCUCAAGACGGAGGAGUUUUUGCGGCAGUGGAACAUUUGUGUCGCGCUGUUGUUUCUAACCGUAAGAACAGUGAUGGCAACCACAUUUGUACAGUAAUGUAA